UAGAGCCAGAUGCGGGGCCUGAACCCAUCAACCGCGAGAUCAUGACCUUAGCCGAAGUCAGACGCUUAACCAACUGAGCUUCCCAGGUGCCCUGUUUUUUUAUUUUUAAGUGAAAGUAGUAAUUUGGACAGUGGUUGUGAAGUUGAAAUGUUAUAUAUAGGAAAGUACUUUAUAAACUUAGAAAUAUAGCUAAAGUUUAGAUUUUAUUAUUGUUUAACAAUAGUGAUUGUUUAUCACCAUUGUUCAUCACUAUUUAAAUCUGCUUUUGAUUUUCAGGUUGUACCAUUGACCUGUCAUGUAUGGCAACAGUCACUAUAUCAAGACAAUAGUGGUAUACAGAUUUCUGAUGCUAAUGUAGUCUCUGUGAAAAAAACAGCUCAGUGGGAUUCUGGAGAUGAUCAGAGAACAGAAUCUUGGCAUUGUCUUCCUCAAGAGAUGGAUUCUUCCCACACUUUGGAUACAACCCACACCAGUUUUAAUAUCAGAGAGGAAAGGACCAAAGUGACAGGCUUCCCCUCUCUGGAGGAAAGUAUAUUGACCCAAGCGGAAAAUCAAGUAAAGGAACCCAAGAGAGAUCUCUUAUGUUCACCGCUGCUAGUCAUACAAGACAACUUUGCUUCUCCUGAUUUGCCUUUGCUGACAUGUUUGACACAAGAUCAAGAGCUUGGGUCUGAUUCCUUAUUUCAACAAAGUGAACUAGAUUUUGCACCUCUGAGGGGAAUUCCUGGUAAGUCUGAAGAUACUGAAUGGUUUUCUCGACCGUCGGAAGUUAGUGAAGCUGUAUUCCAGGCAGCCUCAGAAGUAGCUUCAGACUUAGUUAACAGUUGCAUUAGUGUAUCUCAGCACUCACUUCUAGGUAGUGCAGCUGUUGGGUCUCAGCGCUCCUUUUUACCUCCUGAACAAGGGACUAAAGAAGACACUGUUUCGUCUGAUACAGAUGAUGAACUGCAAACCUCCGAAGACUUCGAUAGUUGUGAUGCGCUGUGUUCAUAUGUGGCAUGGAAGACACAAGAAGUUCAGGAGCCAGAAACCAGUUUAGCUGAUGAAGGUCAAGUUUCAGUUUCAGCUUCAUCUGAUACAAGCGAUGAAUACAUGACUUCUAAAGAAAGUGACAGUUUUGAUGAUUCUUAUUCAUAUGUGCAGUAUCGGAAACAGAAAGCUUUACAGCAGUCAGAAAAAUAUUUAACCAGUAAGGAUCAUGAUUCUUACUCAGAUUCAUCUGACACAAUUGAUAAAAAUAAAAUUCCUGAGGGAAGUGACAAUUUUAGUGCCCACUUUUCAUGUAUGCCAUGGAACAAACAGGAAACUUCACACCAUCCAGAAACAUAUGUGAUCAGUAAGGACCGUGUUUCUUUUCCACAUGAAGUUGCUCCUUGUUUUAAUAACAAAAUGUCACAUUCUGUCUUGUGUUGUCUGUUGGAAAGAAGAGGAGAGGGCAUUCCCUUGACAGCUAGUAGUCAUUUUUUGGACAGUGUUUAUUUAAAGGCUCCAGCUGAGAAUGAGGUGAAAGACAUGAUGGAUUCUUUGGAGGGGUGUGAAAGACAUGAAGAAGGUCAGGGGAAAGAAUUAUCUCAAGGUUUUGAACUAAAGGAGAGUAGAAGUACCUUAGUAUUUUCAGAGGUGUAUCCCAGAUCUUCAGAAAUACAGUCUGUUGAGAGUGUUGUAGUUCCUGAUAAUUCUAUACAAGUUUCAGAAAUACAUAUACACUGUAGGGGACCAGAUACCUCUAAGAUGGAGGUGUCUGGUGGUCCUCUUCAGACUCUUAAAUCCAACUUGGAUGAGACAUCAGAACAACUUUAUUUUCAAGGGGAAAGAGACCGAAAGGCAACUUCUGCUUUUAGUGGAAAAAAUGUUGAUGCUUCUGAAAAUGUAGCCUUUGAGGCAGUUAUUGCCUCUAUUGAGCCUUCCAAGAAAGAGAGUCCAGUAAAUGAAAUCCAAACUGACAUCAAUAAGUCUUUAAUAAAUAAUAGCCAAGAAAGUGAAUCAAAAAAUCCAUAUCUUUCCCUAUUAAAUUAUAAUGAUGAAAGCUCUUUCUCUGAUAAGCUUAGUCAUCCAUGUUAUGAGUCCACUCCUAGGGUGUUUGAAUUAGCAGUUUCAAAACCAUUGUUGCUUAAAAAAGAUAAUGGUGAUAGUUCCCUCUAUUGGCAUCCUAAUUUAAAGUCACUCCCCAGUGCUCCUCAGGAAAUGUUUAUUAAGCCACUUUCUCUUAUUCCAGAGUGGAAGUCAUCUGCUUCUUUGUGUGAAAAAUCUCACAGCCAGGCUGUUGGUUUUGGCACAGCACAGUCAGCUUUAUUUCAGUGUGAUAGAGGCAAUGAACCAUUUCUUCCCACUGGGAAGAUAGAGUCUGUUCCUGUUCUUGACCUUACAGGGAAGGUAGGAUCUUCAAACAUUUUUUAUCCGUUGAAAGUAUGGACUUCAGAUUCGUUGGUUUUACAAGAUUUAAAGCAGCAAACCUUGGAAGAAGUUGCAGAUUCCUCAAACUAUAUUUUGGGUAAGAAUAUAAACUCUAGUAACAUCAUUGAAAGUCCAUCUGCAGGAUGGACUGUAGGAAGCAGCUUUUCAGCAAACUUGGUGACAUGUGAUGCAAAGUCACAAGGUACUUUACCAGUGACCAGUAACGCAUCAUCAGUUGCAGUUGGCCAAGAGACGUUGCUGAAAGCUGAUGUAGGCCAAGAUAAAAUUCCUCGGCCUAUGGGAGCCAAGUCCAGUUUCAUUAUACAUACAAUUAUGCAAAAUGACUCCUGUUUUAUAGAGGGGCUGCAGGUGAAGGCUGAAUCUGACGUCUGUACUCUGGAUGAUGAUACUGAAUCCUGUAGCCUAGAUGAAAAUGCUGUUGUACGCAGUACAAGAGUUGCUGAUCUACAAAGAGAGGUAUGUGACCAAGGUGACCUGACUGGAGAGUACGUUGAGCUAGCAGGUUUAAAAAAUGUGCUUGAUGAUCUAGAGGUUUGUGACAGAUUUCUGCACUGGCAAUCUGCCUUACAACUGUCAUCUAAGAAAGAGAGUGAUUUUCAGGAGCUUGUAGAUCAUUCCAAUACGGACAUUAAUCAGUCUUUUUCAUCUGUAUUGCCUCCAUUUGUUCCUCAUGAGCUAACCAGAGAGUUGGAGUAUCACUAUUCAGAUCUCAGAAUGUUGAGGGUAUCUCCCGACACUGUGCAAAAGACUCUCAAACAUUUAGCAGGUAUGUAGAAGAGGAGAUAUUGGGUGUUCUUAUGGCUAGCUUGUUAAAAAUAUCAUGCUAUGGCUAAUUUUUUAAUUUUGAGCUCCUGCAAUAAUGUUAACUUUGAAAUAAGUGUAUUUAAAUCCCCAGAUCUUUUAUUGGAUGAACCAUUUGAUUUUUCAUUGCAUUCUUUAUGACAGUGUUUAGAACUGAAUUACAUGGAGGAGUCUGAUAUUAGAGUCAGUUUAUUUCUGUAUUCCUUUUUGUGACUUGAAGGGAAAAAAGAAACUAAUUGAGCACAAGAGAAGAGUGGAUCCAAAUAAGUUUGUAGAGAGGAAACUGAGAAAUCACUUUUGAGGUAGAAAGCAAGAUUAUCUGCUGAGGGAAGCAGGAAGUGGUAAAGAAGGGUUGGAGGUUUGAGGUGAGUGGCUUGGUGCAGGUUCAGAAUUUACGUUAAAGUGAAUAGGGGUUGGAGCUGACCAAGGGCAAGCAGAAGAAUUGGCAGAUAGUUCUGAGAAGUCAGCUGAGGUGGGAGAUGAUUUUGUAAAGUUGUCAGCCUUAAUAGAAUCUCUGAUCUUUGUCUGCUAAAGGACUACAGAAGGUGAGUUAUAGGAUUGAUCUCUGGUUGAGGGAUUUAUUGAUUGGGUGGAUGUGAUAGAUGGAAAGCAGUGGAAGGGAAUCAGUAAGAGUUGAUCACCUUGGUUUCAGCCUGCUUGGAGAGAGAGAGAAGAAAAACCACAAGAGUUAUUGGAGAAAGUAGAAGGUACAGUGAUUUAUUUAUGAAGUUGAAUAGAUGAGGUGGAUAUAUUUAUGGAAAGAGCUAGAAUAAUAGGUAAUUUUGGUCAGAUUGAGGUGGUACAUUUAUUUAUUUAUUUAUUUAUUUAUUUUUAUUUAUCUAUUUAUUUACUUUUUAAUUUACAUCCAAGUUAGCAUAUAGUCCAACAAUGAUUUCAGGAGUAGAUUCCUUAAUGCCCUUUACCCAUUUAGCCCACCCCCCUCCCACAACCCAUCCAGUAAUCCUCUGUUUGUUCUCCAUGUUUAAGAGUCUCUUAUGUUUUGUCACCCCCUGCCUGUUAUUAUGUUAUUUUUGCUUCCCUUCCCUUAUGUUCAUCUGUUUUGUCUCUUAAAGUCCUCAUAUGAGUGAAGUCAUAUGAUAUUUGUCUUUCUCUAAUUUCGCUCAGCAUAAUACCCUCUAGUUCCAUCCAUGUAGUUGCAAAUGGCAAGAUUUCAUUCUUUUUGAUUGCCAAGUAAUACUCCAUUGUGUGUGUGUGUGUGUGUGUGUGUGUGUGUGUGUGUGUGCGUGUGUACAUAUACCACAUUUUCUUUAUCCAUUCAUCCAUCGAUGGACAUUUG